GGGACCAACUUCGUAAUUUGACCUAAAAAUGCAAGGAAAUGAUAUCAAAAAUUCCAAGAAAAGCGAUGGCGAGUUUCUCCAUCAGCAGCACCGUCAGAUCACUCUCACCCUCUCUCGCUCUUUAUCCCCCAAUCGCACAUGCAUCCUUCAGAUUUCUGCACGUGCCGACUCCUGCGGCUGUUGCAUUCUCCAGCCACCUAUCUCACCGGAAAAAGAGAGGGAUGGCGGUGGUGACACGUGUAGGUGCCAACACCAGUAGUUACGUGUUCGCGGUGGUGUUUCCGCUGUCUCUCCUGGCCGUUACCAUCUUCACUUCUAUCAAGAUUGCUGAUAAGCUUGACAGAGACUUCCUCGAAUUUCUUACUAUUAAUCAAGCAAUAAGGGAAGCAGAGGAAGAGGGUGAGGGUGAUGGUGAUGAUGUUGACGUUAUUUCUUUGGAGGAAAUAGUGCAAGAACCUGUGCUUCCACGUACUCGAAACCGGCCCAAGAGGGAAGUGUAGGCAGCCAGCAUUUUCAGAGCGUAGAUAAACUCAUAGAAAGAUCCAUCGGGAAGAAUGAAAAUUUGCUUUCUGAAAAAAAAAAAAAUAGAACUGUAAGAAAUGAACCUUUAUAUUAUUUGCAGAAAUAAUCAUUAAUCACGGGUUUUAGGAAUACAGGCAAUGGGCUUAUAAUUGGACGGAGCUCAGAUUGUGAGCAAUCAUUUCCUAACCCUGGCUGCACACAAGAUGAAUGUAGUAAUCUUUGCAUUGAGCGUUUUGGGAAAACUGGUAAAUUUGGAACUCCAGUUUAUGGGGUUUGCUUAGCUACCGUCAAUGUUAAAGCCUAUAUAAA